CUCGUAUGACUUAUCUAGCACUCUUACAUCUGCUCUACGCCGUGCUGCACGUGAAGACGCCCGAGUUGACCUCUUCGAGUCCACCUUCGUUCCUUCGACAUCGAGUCUUCACAACCCUCUAUCAGUGCUCAUCCGGAUGCCAUCACACCUGGCCACAAUACGAAAUUUGGUUAGCUUCUACUUUCUACAUACCUGCGCCCGCUAAGGAGAAGGCUCAUCAACCGAGUGUGAAACCAAUGCGUAUUGGCACAAAAGUGACGCCUCGAAAUUUGUGUACGCUCGAUUGGCAAGUAAAUGGUCACCAGCGUGAACCGGCUAGUGCAUCUGCACUCUACUGGAACAACCUGUCUACCAAUGUCAAAGAGGUACGUGCUACAUCAGGGAAAACCUCCCGCGCUAAUGCAGUACACUAGGAAUACAAACGAAAGGCCACAGCACAGGUGAGUGUCAUCGUGCUUACUGGUUCUACAGGCCGCUGUACUAACUGGGUCCUUCUACUACUACAGAU